GUUCUGGAAGGAGUGUGGAGUUACACAUCCCAGAUUUCCAACUUUUCCCUCUCGCACUCCAAUUCUUCCUGUUUCUUCACAGCGGGAACGCGCUGCUGCGGGAUUAUGAAUGGGAUUUCUGAGGGAAAACGAUCAUCGUUCGCGUUCAAGUUCGCACAGACUCGGAUAGUUUAAAUAGACGCGUGGACUGACUUGUAGCCAGUGUAACUGUACUAGCUCUCGGGCAAAACAACACAUCAGAGGAGCUCUUACCUGGCGCGCUUACCUUCAGGAGGAUUCGUCGUUGUAAAGUUCGCGUUGAAUGGGUCGUUAUAGUUCUCAUCUAAACCUGUCUGGAUGGGAUGCACCGUGAGCUUCAUCUGUUGUGAAGAAGAUUUUCUGCAGAUGCCGUUGGAUCAACAUGUGGAGAAGAAGAAAGAAAACAGGCUCUUGUCUAAGCCUGAAGAAUUUGAAGCCGUCCAUUCUCACACCUUCCGUCUGAAGACCUUCAAGAAGGGGAAACACUGCGGCGUGUGCAAACAGACUGUAAACAAUGAGGGGCUCAUCUGCAGAGUUUGCCGGAUAGCCUGCCACCGGAAGUGUGAGGUUAAGGUUUCAGCCCCAUGUGUUCCUGUUGCCAACUAUGAACUGGCUCCCAGCGUUGACCUCCCUCUGAAGCAUGUAGAGACAACAGGCUCAACCAAAUCCUCCAAGAGCAUGGAGUCUCGACGCAGACCAUCCAGGAGUCUGAGUUUAAUCCAGGCCAUGGAGGAAAACUAUGAGGUGGACCUGGUCUACAUCACAGAACGCAUCAUAUCUGUGACCUUCCCGAGUUCAGUAGAAGAACAGAGCUACAGCGCUAACAUAAAGGAGGUGGCCACCAUGCUACGCUCCAAACAUGGAGACAACUACUUGCUCUUUAACCUCAGUGAGAAGCGAUAUGAUAUCUCCCAACUGAAUCCCAAAGUGCUGGAUUUUGGCUGGCCGGAUCAUCACGCUCCUGCCCUGGAUAAGAUCUGCAGCAUCUGUAAAGCUAUGGACACGUGGAUGAAUGCAGACAGUCACAAUGUGGUGGUCUUACACAAUAAGGGAAACCGCGGUCGAACAGGGGUGGUUGUGGCGGCAUACAUGCAUUACAGCAACAUAUCAGCAAGUGCCGAUCAGGCUCUUGACAGGUUCGCCAUGAAGAGGUUUUAUGAAGAUAAAGUGCUUCCUGUUGGUCAACCCUCCCAGAGAAGGUAUGUGCAGUAUUUCAGCGGUCUUCUCUCCGGCCACAUCAAAAUCAACAACAAGCCUCUGUUUCUCCAUCACGUCAUCAUGCACGGGAUCCCCAACUUCGAGUCUAAAGGAGGUUGCCGCCCUUUUCUCAAGAUCUACCAGGCCAUGCAGCCCGUCUACACAUCUGGGAUCUAUAAUGUGCAGGGAGACGGUCAGACCAGCAUCUGUAUCACCAUUGAGCCUGGCCUGCUCCUCAAAGGAGACAUACUGCUCAAGUGUUACCACAAGCGUUUCCGCAGCCCGUCUCGUGACGUCAUCUUCCGUGUGCAGUUUCACACCUGUGCCGUUCAUGACCUGGGCAUCGUCUUUGGCAAAGAUGAGCUGGAUGAAACUUUUAAAGAUGACAGAUUUCCUGAAUAUGGGAAGGUGGAAUUUGUCUUUUCUUUUGGUCCAGAAAAAAUCCAAGGAAUGGAUCACCUUGAGAACGGGCCCAGUGUUUCAGUGGACUACAACACACAAGACCAUCUGAUUCGAUGGGAUUCAUAUGAGAACUUCAACCAACGCUGUGAAGACUCCAUGGAUGACGUUAUUCACACACAAGGUCCAUUGGAUGGUAGCCUCUACGCUAAGGUUCGGAAGAAAGAGUCUUUGGAUGGAGAAGUCACAACCAAUGGUCUCCCAGCUGCGUCCGAUCACUCAUUACCUGUCGUAGACCACACCCUACCCCCAGUCGACCACGCCUUGUCUGUAAGCAGCGACUCGGGCAACUCCACAGCGUCCAUCAAGACCGACCGCACUGAUGAAGCCAGCCAGCAGCCGGCCUUGGUGAGUCAGCCGUCCUCCCAGCCCCUCAGCCCAGAGGAAAAACAAGAGCUGGAUCAGUUGCUCAGCGGCUUGGAAGCCCCAAUGCAUCGAUCAGGUUACCAGAGCGCCUCGGGGAGCGGAGGGGGAGGAGUACUACACCUUGUCCCCGCCCAGGUUCACGUGAACGGACAUAACACCGUAGACAGAGAAACUGACAUUCUCGAUGACGACCUGCCCAUCAGUCAGGAGGGAAACAGCGUGGACAGUCUUGGAACCUUGUCGUCAUUCGAAGGCAGAGCCACUCCGGCGGACCUGUACUACCAGACGGAGACAGUCAUUAAUGGGCAAGAUGUGCCCUAUAUGGAGAAGAGCACCCACGAUAAAGUGCCAGAGCCUAAAGUUCCCGUUCGCGGCUCCUUAUCUGCACAGGACAACUUGGGGGCUUCUGGUGGCUAUGCCAACCAGAAUGGUAUCAUCUAUCGAUCGCAAUCUUUCGGGGCAUCUCCAAACACGGAGCAGAAAUACAUGCCUAAAGCUCCCACGCGCACAACCAGCAGCAGGGAAGCGGUGCAGAGAGGAAUGAACGUGUGGCAGCAGUAUGGGGUUCCAGAGGUCCCGGUUACAGACGGGGUCACCUUCAACCCCGUCCUGCAAUCGCACAGCCUGCCCGAAUUUCCCCACAUGGCGUCACAGCAGGAAAUUGAGCAGUCUAUCGAGGCACUCAACAUGCUGAUGCUGGAUCUUGACCCGGCGCUUACCCUAGUGCCCAAAUCCCACAGUGCCCCCUCUGGGGAGGGAGGUGUAGUCACCACUCAGCCGUCUUUCGCUCAGAGCCAAGCACGGCCAUCCUUCCAGGCUGACGCUGCCAUUCACGAGCGCGGAAGAGCCUCUCCGGUGGGUUACCCUCUGGUCCACCAGCAGAUCUCAUCGGGGUCCCUGGAGUCACCGCAGGCUGUCAUUAACCAGCAGAGACCCACGACUUUAUCCCAGCAUGCUUCCUUUUCCCCUGAGGCCGAGGGUCAGGUCCCUACUCACAUGUCCCAAUCGACAGUGCCUUCAUCCACCUUUGGAGCUCUCCAGCUGAAACCCCUCAACAUCUACCCCUCCAGUACUGCCUCACAGUCCCCGGAGCCACAGGAGAGCCAGCGCAACUACUUUUCUUCCUCAUCUUCUCUGCCCAGAGAGAGCGAACCGGAAGACAGCAACUACAGAUUGGAGGGUCUUGUAGCUCACCGUGUAGCUGGAGUUCGGUCUGGUGAAAUGUCACCAGUUGAGGCUUCAGCUCCCGGGCGACGUCGGACCGCCAGCGAGAGCCUGUCUCAAGACGAGAGCCCGACCAGAGGAAGUUCGGUCCGCUCCCCCGUUCGCUGCAUCUCACCCGAGCUGGCCACUACAAUAGCUUUAAACCCUGGAGGGCGGCCCAAGGAGAAGCACAUGCACAGCUACAGAGAAGCAUUUGAGGAAAUGGACGGGGGUCCGAUCAGCCCCCCUCCGUUCGUCGGUGGUGAGGCCCUACCCCAAACCCCUGCCUUCCCUGUCUCGCCACAAACCCCUUACUUCAACCUGUGUCGAUCUCCUCCAGGAUUGGCAAAAACGCCGCUGUCCUUCCUGGGUCUGAAGCCCCACAACCCUGCUGAGAUCAUGCUCAACCAGACAGGCUCAGUUUCUUAUGACUUUGUCAUUCCGCUGCUGUCUGACACAGAGAGUGAAGAUGAGGAAGAGCCUCGUAGCUAUGUGGAGUCUGUGGCCAAAGCAGCAGUGGUGGCGGGCGGACCACACGGUUCACCCGUGCCCCCGACAUACGACAGCUUAGCUCAUCCAUCCGGCCCGUCCCACAGCCCGAACGCUCCACUGUCCUCCAGCAGCCCUAUUCAGAGCCCCGAUGCAGUUGAGAGCGCAUUGGUCGAUAGUGGAGUGAUGAUGAAUUCUCCACCUCAGGCUGUUGUCGAAACCGCCUAUCACUCCCAGCCACCCGAAAGCAUGUACCGCAUGCCCACACCCUCCUACCCCACACCCAACAGCAUGCUGGGUAGCUAUAUCCAUCCUGAUUACAGCCCAUCCCUACCGGAGACCGUCCAAAACAUCACCACAACCACACAAACCGUCACCGGGAGCCCUGCUACGAGACACUACGCUGCCGUGCCCGACAUGACAUUUGUUCCUGGCAUUCAGCACAGAAUACCCAAUCAGGACGGCCCCGUCCUGGGCCGACAGCCAGCUAACAGUCACCCGCCGGGAAUGGCCGGCAGCCCCAUGCAAGGGAGACACACGAUGGUGUCCCAGGGUACACAGAGCAGCCCGAUGCUGACCAGACAGUACCCCACCAACCAGGGGACUCCGGGUAGCCCGAUUCUCAGCAGACAGCCAAUGGGUCAACAGGCUGUUCAGAGCAGCCCGGUUCUCAGCCGACAGCCGGCUCUGAAUCAACAGAUCAUUAUGCCCAGUCAGAGCAGCCCGGUAUUGAGCAGACAGCCGUCCGUCACGCAGGCCAACCAGGGCAGCCCCAUCCUGACCAGACAGGCUUCCCUGCCGCAUCCCAAUCAGGCCAGUCCUGUUCUCGGACACCACUCGUCGAUAACGCAAGGGAGCCCUAUUUUGGACAGACACCCAAUACAAUACAGUGGCUAUAACACUCCGGAAGAGAGGCACGGAGCUCUGUCGCGCCAAAGCAGCUCCUCUGGAUACCAGCCGCCGUCUACGCCGUCUUUCCCCAUCUCUCCCGCCGGAUACACGGAGGGAGCGGGAUUCAGACAGGGCAGCCCCAGUAUGCAACCGCAGCUUCCUGAGAAGAGAUGCAUGUCCAGCGGCGAGCGGCCCAACGGAGGCCUGUCCUACGGAACGCUAAAUGGGAAAAUGUCCUCGCCGAUGUCCAGUGGAGGCAGCACUCCGAGCGUACAUUUCUUCCACACUCUUCCGGAUUUCUCCAAACUCAACAUGUGCGAUGGAAGUCCAGAGAUCAGGAUGAACGUAAAGUUCGUCCAGGACACGUCCAAAUUCUGGUAUAAACCAGAUAUCUCCAGAGACCAAGCGAUCAACAUGCUGAAGGAUCAAGACCCUGGAGCUUUUGUUAUUCGAGACAGUCAUUCUUUCAGAGGUGCCUACGGCCUGGCCAUGAAAGUUGCUUCUGCACCGCCGACCGUGCAGCCCACAAAGAAAGCUGGAGACGUCACCAAUGAGCUGGUGAGACAUUUCCUGAUUGAGACGAGUCCAAAGGGUGUGAGACUGAAGGGCUGCCCCAAUGAGCCUUACUUCGGCUGCUUGUCUGCGCUGGUGUACCAGCACUCCAUCACACCACUGGCUCUACCCUGCAAACUCAUGAUACCAACCACAGAUCCUCUGGAGGAGUCGCCUGAGACGGCGACACCAGCUAACCCGGCCGCUGAGAUGCUCAAACAGGGUGCAGGGCAGAAGAGUUCUACUGAAGCCCAUGCAUGCAAUGUUCUGUACCUGAACUCUGUGGAUAUGGAGUCCCUGACCGGGCCUCAGGCCAUUGCUAAGGCAAUCUCAGAAACAAUGACGACCAACCCGGCACCCACAGCCACGAUUGUUCAUUUCAAGGUGUCGGCACAAGGCAUCACGCUUACUGACAACCAGAGAAAGCUUUUCUUCAGACGUCAUUAUCCCAUCAACACCGUCACGUUCUGUAAUAUCGACCCCCAGGAGAGAAAGUGGAGCAAACCAGACGGUGGGAAUGCAAAGUUCUUUGGCUUCGUGGCCAGGAAGCAAGGCAGCACGACCGACAACGUGAGCCACCUGUUUGCCGAAAUGGAUCCCGAUCAGCCGGCCACGGCCAUCGUGAACUUCGUCUCAAAAGUGAUGCUCGGCUCUCAGAAGCGGUGAACGCUUCCCGCGCCACGCCGCUCGCUGGAGGACUUUCUGUUUGUUUCGUUUUGAGUUCUUUGAGUUUCUGUUUUUCGUUCGUUUGGGUGUGAGGUUGCGUGUACGUGUGUGACGGAGACGAGGAAGCGGGAUAGAGGAAGUGCAGCGUGGGAGUAGAGGAAUGACGUGCAGAGGGGAGGUGGUCUUCAUCUCACUUUGAGGGAAGGUGGAAAUGAUGUCAGUGAUUUUGUUGCUCUUUUUUUUUUUUAAGAAAAAAAGGAAAAGAAAACGUAAAAAGAGGGUCGAAGAGGAGGCUGAAAUUAGACUUUGGGGGCUGAUGUACCAAAGCUGAGAGAGCAGUCAGGACAAACCCAGUCAUCAUUCAUGAUAGAUCUUGGUUAGACACGACUGCUUUGAGAAACUGUACAUAAGAACUGAUAAGAACUUAAACUCUUUUCCUUUUAAACGCCGCUUCUGUUUUUCACACGAGACCAUUUCAGAUCCGCACACGUCCAGUGGUGUGUCACUUCACCAAGCAUCUUAAAGCAUGCUGCUUCUGUUCGCCUCAGAAAGUCGGAAUUUCCAUCUUACUGCUUGAAAAAGUCAGACUUCCAACUUGGAAACUCUUGGAAAAAUCUGUAACUCAGAUUUUGCAGCACUCACAAUGCUGUCCCAUUGCCUGACACUCGGAAGAUGAAAACAUAAACAAAAGACCCUGGCUUAUUGCAACCACAUCAAGGAUAAACAACGUUACGCAAUUGCUUGAUUAUUUUAUUUCAAGCUUUUCACAAUUGUGCUUUGUUGCAAAGCCGCUUUACAGAAAAAACAAAGCAGUAUAGAAACAAGGCAAAGAAAUGAUCAAAUACAUGGUAUUAACACACAAGUCAUUAUUAUUGUCUGUGUUUUAGACAUGUCUGUGCGAAGUUUUCAUGUCGCAAGUCUUGAUGUGGAUUUCAAUGCAAGUAGAUCAUACACAUGAUCAAACUGUACCAUACUCCAGUAUUUACUAUAGUAAACUACAGAAAACUGCAGUACAUUGUAGUGAUUACUAUACUUUGUUCUUGUAUACUAUAGCAUUCUGUAGUAUUAACUAUAAUAAACUGAUAACCUGCAGUAAGUACUGUAGUAUACUGUACUUUUGUGUACUACAAUAGUAUACUACUGUUGGGUCCAAAAAAACAAAAGUAAUUUUACCAUAGUUUGGUAAAUACUGAAGUAUACUAUAGGAUUUAUUUUUGUGUGGGAGGUUGGAAAUUCCGACUCGCGAGGUUGACGCAGCAUCACACAGCAUCUUUCAUACAUCAGUCUUUAGUUUCUGUUGACCUCGGUGUGAUGCAGGUGUCCAUCAUCCACUGGUGUGUUCUCUUCUCUCCAGAAGCGUGUUGUAUGGUUGUGUUUCCGGCAGAAGGUGUGUGUCUGUCACUCCAUCUUUAUGCCUCUCUUAAAAACACACACACACACACAGUAUCAUUCUACCCCAAAGUAAGCUAAGUACAUAUAUAAAAUACUUCAAAAAAGUGAUUUUACUGAAUAUUUAUUGUAUUAUGUUUUUGCUACAUUUUCUCUUUCAUGUUAACUCAUUUACCCAUAGAUAUGUUGUAUAGUCUACAUAAAGAUUAGCCUUUGAAAGAAAUACUUUUUUUUGGCUAAUAUUUCAAAAUAUCAUGUCAUUUUGAGAAGCAUUCUAUUAUAUAUGGUGUAAAGUGUAUGUAUUUGAAAGCUUGUCACUAUUUUCUCAGUUUUUCUUUGGCUUUAAAGGAGCGUAGGCUUUGAAGUAGAAAUCGUCGCUUUGGACGACUAUCUCAUACUUAAAGAAUACAUCUAAAGGUUACAAAGUGAGUUGGCCGAUAUGUUUACUGCAAGAGGCUUUGUGUAAAGAAAAGUAAGGAAACGUGUCUUUAUUUUUGUAUUAUUAUUAAUAUUAUUUUUGCAUCCCUUCCCUCCCAUUAUUCAGCCCACAGUGUAACCCACUGUUUUUUGUUGUCCUUAUGUUGUUCCAAUUGCUUCCAUUGUUUCCCUCAUCUGUAAGUCGCUUUGGAUAAAAGCGUCUGCUAAAUGACUAAAUGUGUGUAAAUGUAACCCGGCGUUCCCAGUAGUCAGUCAGAAUUCAGUAUUUUGUUUCAUACUGCCAUCUUGAGGAACUGACGGGUAUUGCUAGCCAUGUUUUCCAUCUAUGCACCCCCCCCACCCCACAUUCACGGAACAUAAAUUUACUUUAAAAUAAAUACUGCAGUGUUUUAACUGUGAUUUGAUGCGAACGUCCCCAGCGAUGGACGAACAGGAUCUCCAUGUCUCCCUUAAACUGGUUUGAUUCCCUCGUGUCCCGUGCCAGCCAGAAUGGGGUGGCUUUAGGCUGAAUAAAAAAAACAAGUCUUUCUUUUUUGUAUGUAAAUACUUCAUUUUUGCCAAAGAUUUUAUUUUACUUGUGUAUGCCUUAGUUUGAGUAAUGAUUACCGUCUGGUCGGCGUGCAAACGGCGGCUUGUUUUAGGCAUGGGGGGGUCUAUUUUGACUCGAUGCAGAUACUAUAGACUGCGUUUGGUUGCCAGUAAGCCCUUUGUUCAGCCUUAAAAAAACUACUCCAAGAAAAGCAAAGCACUUAAUAAUUAGGAGCUGAAGAAAAAAAUAAAAUAUGAAAUAAAUAUGACUGCUUCACUUAGUCUAACAAUUGUUGGCCCAGAUAGAGCUGACACUUUGCUUUCGAGAGAGGAUCUGCAGAAUGAUGAAAAACUGGAUUUUAAAAUUGUUUAAUGAAGCAUAGAGUGCACCUCUAAAAAUAAAAGUUCCUAAAAGGUUUUCUCUUGACUGUAUGAUUCUUUGGGGAACCAAAAAUGCUGCAAAGAACCCUUUCAGCGUCUUUAUUUUUAAGAGUGUGUGUAACAUGUAUUGCUGGUGGAAAAUAUGAUCGAAUUAACCAAAAUAUGCAACAAAAACAUGCAAAGAGCAGGAAAUUGCAGAUCUUCCAUCAUUGCGGGUGUCUAUUCCAUAUGGGUCCACACGUGAAUAAUUACGCAGACGUAGAAUACCUAUAACUUGCUUUGCUUGCCUGGACAUUUCAUUUGGUGCAUAGGUUACGAAAAAAACAAAUCGCAUACGAAGACAACCACACAAAAAUGACAUAUGGCAGAUUUUCUGGAAUCUCUUGGCAGUCAGAGAAAGAGAUCUUCCAGCAAAAUCAGCUCCCCACCUCUCAAUGUAUUAGCCAGCAGUGUUGUAUUAUUAUAUUUUUUUACGUCCACUUGUUAACAGACUUAGAAUGUGUGAAUGAGCUACUAUUGCUGUACAGAACCACGUCCUUUUUAUUUGCUUCAUGUUUUACAGCCUCAUUGUAUUGUUUUGGCAAAUAAAAAUAUAUAAUAACGAGCGAUCCAAAUCAGUUACAAUAAAAAAAGUACACUGUUGCUAUAAAAAA